UCUUCUUGUGUGCAGACAUAAGCUUCACUGUAGUACUAUACCAAAGUAGGAUUUUGCUUCAUCCGUUUUGUGAAAAACCAAAAAGCUUCACUAGGAGAGUGGAAAACUCUCUUCAAGUUGUACCACAUAUUAAGAACCAGAAAUCACCAACAAUAAUUUCUUGAGAAAAAAUUUUAAUUGACACCCGACCCUCAAUCCGCUGUAAGAUUUGGGAAUCAAUCGUAAUUUGUACUACGCUGUAAGAUUGUAUACUUAGUACUUGUGCAAGAAUAGUUGCUAUAAUAGACGAAAAAGUAAAGGUAAAGGAAACGCAAAAUACGUAUUAAUCAUUGUGUUUACCUGAAACUUGUUACGAACCCUUUUCUUCUAACAAAAAGAAAAAACAAACAUGAGCAAAGAACAAAGAAUGUGUCUCCGGGCGCGGGCAAUGAAAACGAAAAGCUCAACGACCUGUCAAGCUAUGAUGUUCUGGGCAUUUGCGUUUUCGACUUCGCUUGCAGGCGUGCGUGCUUUCCGGUUUCACCCAGAAGAAGUGGAGCUCCAGACCUUCGGCACUACUCCUUCCGCUCACCGCCAUUAUUUCGAUCGCAACGGAAACAACAACGACACCAACCUGAUCGGUGAUGAAGGUUUUGCUGAGAUGAAUGAGGCGGCCACGGCCAUCUGGACAAAGACUCCACCUGCGCAUCAUGAUUCUAAAGUUGGAACGGGAAAAAGUGCAGCCGGAGAAGAACUUCGAAAAGAUGAAACAACAAAGGCCGUAGUUGAAGUAGCUCCCACGAGAAAACAAAUGAUGCAAAAUAGUAAGUUGGAUCGUGCAAAAUCCAUGCUCUCCGGAACAAAUGACAAAGCCAAAAAACUGAAACGCGAGGUGACAAAGCAGCUCGAACGGGGUCCCACUGAUUUUGACCCUGCGUACCAGAUAUUUUCUGCCAAGGACAUUGCGGAAAUGUUAGCGCAACAGCUGAAACUGGGCGGCCUCGACGCGGCGAUGCAGGCCUUGGCGAAAAGGCUCCAGAAGUUUUCGACCAAGUCCAUGAAUGUGGAGUACCAUGACCGAGC